CCCAUGCUCCGCCCCACCCCUCGGUCCGCCUUGCCCUCGGGACGCAGAGCGCGCCGCGACGUUUCCGGCGGGGCCCGGACUCCCACGCCUCGUCGCUGGUACCCCGCGGUCGACCGGUGCAGUCGUAGGGGAAAGAGGUGCAGCAGGUGUACUCUUCUGUCUGGUUGGAGUGAAAGAGAGCAAUGCAGAAGGACUCUGGCCCGCUAGUGCCUUUACACUGGAUUGGCUUUGGCUAUGCAGCACUGGUUGCUUCUGGUGGGAUCAUUGGCUAUGCAAAAGCAGGUAGCGUCCCGUCACUGGCUGCUGGCCUUCUUUUCGGAAGUUUAGCAGGCCUGGGUGCCUAUCAGCUGUCUCAGGAUCCGAGGAACAUUUGGGUUUUCCUAGCUACAUCUGGAACCUUAGCUGGCAUUAUGGGGAUGAGAUUCUACCACUCUGGGAAAUUUCUGCCUGCGGGCUUAAUCGCGGGUGCCAGUUUGCUGAUGGUCGCCAAACUUGGAAUUAGUGUGUUGAAUAGACCCCAUCAGUAGUAGUCAUGUCCCAGCUUGGACUCAUGAAGAUUUUAAAAAUUUCUCCAAUAUCAGUGUAUUAAGAGAAGCAAGUGCAGCAUUUUCACAUAUUCUGACAUUUUACUUAAAAAAAAAAAAAAUGACAUUGAACUUUGCAGAAGAAAUCAUUCAUUUCGCUACAGCCUUAAAGAGGUGGUAGUUUGUAACCCAAGAGCUCCUUAUUACAGUUUGAUUCUUGUGUGUUGAUGUUCUCUCUUCUUUCUGUGUCUCUAGGUAAAACCUCAAAGGGUAAAACGUUAGGUAUCAACUUUGGGGACCCCCAAACCCCAUGCCCUACUCAGAACAGUGUGAAAAACAUCUCUUACGAGCUUUAGGGUUUCUGUUCUUUGGCUCAUCUUAGAGCACAGACCUACUUUGAAAUUAUGUCAAAUGAAAUAUCAAUGAAAAUAAAAUUUACCAUAAAUAAUA